AUGUGUUUAUCGAUUCGAAAAUUACACCAACAGGCGAGAGAACAAAGCUUAAACAAGAUUGGGUAUCUCAAAAAUACCUCUUUCAUAAGAAAGUGUCGACGAAUAAAAGAAAACGUGGUUUUGAUGGAAAACGCCAAGCACGAGCUCUACAGUAUUGUGGAUGAAAUUCAAGCCGAUUUGAAGGACAUUAACGAGGUGACCAGGGCACUAGGCGGGCUUCAAAAUCAAUGGAAUAAAGCCCAGAAUAUGUUUGAGAAACAUCAUGACAAAUACAGCGAUCAAGUGUAUCUCAUGGAAACAUAUACCUAUCCUCUUUGGCACUACUUCGACCAUGCUGCCAGAAUCCUUGACACAGAUUCAUGGAAGAUUUUCAGUGAAUUUGCUCAAGCAGAAAAGCAAUUCAAAAAGGAUACCGCUAUUGCAGAAGAUACCCUUCAGGAGGCAGUGGAGCAUAUUAUGUGGGGUAAGUUAGCACUUCUAAAAAUUGACUGCUACACCAAAGAUUGCGAUGUUUGGGCUUUAGGAGAUGAAAUUCCCGUUGUAACCUAG